CUUCUUCUUCUUCCUGAAAGCGCUUCAUAUCUCUCUAGCGAAUCAUUUUUACUUUCUUCUCUAGUCCGUCCAGCGACGAAGGGAGACUGCGACCUGGAUCUUUGCUCUCUGUUGGAACGAUUCUCACCAGCCUGAAGUCCACGGCGACUCCUGGUUUUAACAUUUCGUUCGCCUUUUGAAGUGGACAAUAUAUUCAGCUGACCUAAAAAAUGGCGAGAGAAGAAGCUGAUAAUGGACGAGAUGACAUGGUAAUCGAUACUGCUCUGCCUGAAGGAUUCAACGCGAAUUACCUCAAAACUUACUACGGGAAACUAUUUCCACAUGCUGAUAUAUUCAAAUGGCUUUCUUAUGGAAAUGAUGGAAAACAUCCUGGAUGUGAUCAAUCAUAUUCUGGAAGGCGAGAGUAUUCAUUCACACUGGACAAUGAUAUAUAUUUGCGUUUCCAAUCUUUUAACAGUGUACAUGAACUAGAAAGUUCCAUUAAAGAGAAGUGUCCAUUCAAAAUUGAUAUUGGACCAGUUUACAGUGUGGAUCCUGCAAAAAGGCAUGCCUAUGGACAAGCUGGUCAGAAUGUUUUCACUCCUGUAGAGAGGGAACUAAUCUUUGAUAUAGAUAUAACAGAUUAUGAUGAUGUAAGAUACUGUUGCUCUGGUGCUGAUGUAUGCUUAGACUGUUGGCCACUUAUGACAGUUGCAAUUAAAGUGAUUGACACUGCCCUUAGAGAUGACUUUGGCUUUAAUCACAUUCUCUGGGUAUAUAGUGGUCGUCGAGGAGUUCAUUGCUGGGUAUGUGAUUCAAAAGCAAGAAGGUUGAAUAAUGAACAGCGUGCAGCUAUUGCUGAUUAUUUUCGAGUUUACAAGGGCAAUGAGAAUAGUCAGAGGAAAGUUGCUCUACUAGGCCAUGCACUUCAUCCUUUCCUUGUGAGAGCAUACACUGAAGUUCUUCGAGAAUAUUUUGAAGAGAAAUUGCUUUCCAGUCAGCAAUUGUUUUCGUCUGAGGAGAGAUUUGAGAAGAUCUUAGAGAUGAUCCCUGAUGAGUCCAUUACUUCAGAGCUUAGAGGUAAGUGGCAGGAGAAUAGGCGUUCUUCUAUUUCAAAAGAAGAUGUUAAUGCUCUCCGUUGGGGACAGUUAAAACAUAUGCUGCAGUCUGGAAAGCAGAAGUCACAGGUGCUUAGAAGGUGUGUUGAAGAGAUUGUUUUCUCUUAUAGCUAUCCCAGACUGGACAUGGAGGUUUCGAAACAUAUGAACCAUUUGUUGAAGGCGCCUUUCUGUGUACAUCCCAAGACAGGGCGUGUGUGCGUUCCUAUUGACCCGAAGAAUUGUGAAGAAUUUGAUCCAACAAAAGUUCCAACGCUUUCUCAGCUAUUGGGGGAACUUAAUAUGGGAGGUCAGAAGAUAGGAGAUGGUGGAGAAGAUGAAUGGGAGGGAACAUCGAUGGACAAGGCAAUCAAAUAUUUUAGGACAUCUUUCCUGCAGCCUCUGCUAAAAGUGUGCAAGGAGGAGAUUGAGAAUUCUUAUAAUGCAAAACUUCAACAAUCCAGGAAUUCCUUUAGCUGGUAAAGUAUUUUAUUAUUAUUAUUAUUAUUA